UUCUCCUCAGCACCACUAACAACAGCCCCUGACAUCUGGUGCAGGUUCGUUUUUCACUGAGACUUUUGUUCCCCUGCUGGUGCUCAGACAUGAACGAAAAAACUGCUUUUCUGUGAGCAAUACUUUCAAACAAAAGCACACACAGGCAUUCAUCUGAACUACAAAAUGGACGACAGAGUGUGGCUGCAGCUCGGCUGUCCACUCCUGUUUUACUUAUCUUUUUUUUUUUUUUUUUUAUGCACUGCAUUUACAAGCCCCGGAAUUGAUAAUCAAUACCUUACGAGGCAGAAUGUUUAUUAAAAGAAAAUAGUGCGUCGGUGUAAAACUGCAUCAGUCUGCUGCUGCUGCUGGGUUUCGCUGCUCUGUUAACUUUUCCUGCGCUUUCACAGGUAACCACAGCUGCCUCAUUAUCCCUGAGUGAUCCCCGCCUCCUCCUCCUCAUCAUCCCUCCCUCCACCUCUCCGCCCCUCCCUCCACCUCCCGUCGCUCCCACAUCAUCCAGCCUCCCAGCAUCCACAGGGUUUCUUCCAGGAAGCGAGUCGGGCAGUCGGAUGCCCUACUGGAAUGCCUGGGAGAGAGACCAUCCUUAUUGUCCAUCUCUGAGAGAGAGCGAGAGGGAGAGAGAGAGGAGAGAGGAGAGAGGGGACAGCCAGUGGGGAGGAGGUGGAGGAGAGCAGGAGGAGGAGGAGGAGGAGGAGGAGGGGUGGCGAUAGGAGAGAGGAACAGACAUGGCUUCUAAAGAGAUCACUGCCUCUGGUUUCGUAAGUGUGAGCAAGGAUAUCACAGAGAGCAUCAAGAAGAUUGUCGACAAGUCAUCCAUCAAGUUCAUCCAUGGCAUCAAGGUUGACACCAAAAGUGGCAAAACAGAGGACAGAGUGCUGGUCCUCACAACAUGGCGUCUUUAUUUCCUGGCGCCAAAGAUUCCCGCCAAGGUAGAAACCACCUUCAACUUCCUGGAGAUUCGGGCCUUGAAUUCCCAACCGGAUCACCAGGUCAUUAUCGACACCGACAAGUCCAGCUACUCCCUGAGGUUUGAGUCCCGCGAGCACCUCAAUCAUGUGGUCAGCCAUAUUAAUUUCGCUCUGUCUCGAAUAUUCAACAACUCCAUCUUUGCCCCGUCCAUCUGUCAUUCAGACAGUGACCUUUCUGAAGGCAGCAGGAAGUAUUCGCCCAGCUCGGAGACUUCAGUGGAAACACAGAGGGCCUGUGGAGGCUUCUCAGAGACGUACUCGGCUCUGUGCGACUAUAAUGGCAUCAGCUGCAAGGAGGAAGUGCAGUGGGACGUGGACACCAUCUAUCACUCCCAGGACAACCGCGAGUUUAACCUGCUGGACUUCAGCCACCUGGAGAGCAGGGAUUUGGCGGUGAUUGUGGCGUCAAUGGCGUACAACACCUGGUUCACCAAGCUGUACUGCAAAGACCUGCGCAUUGGGUCAGAGGUCACCGAGCAGGUCCUGCACACUGUCAGCAAAUCGUCCAGCCUGGAGGAGAUCACUCUGGAGAACGCGGGAUUAAAAUCAGACUUUCCACAGAAGAUGUCGGCUGCUCUGUCUGAGAACCCUGCUUCUGUCAUCCACUCGCUCAACCUGGCCCACAACUCACUCGACAACCAAGGUGUGUCCAACUUGAUCCAGCAGGUGUGUCGCCUCAGCAAGGGACUUCGUCUCCUCAACCUCUCCAAGACCUCGCUCACCUCCAAAGGAGUGGUGUCUCUCUCUCAGGCUCUCUGCUCCAGCGAUGAGUACUCCAACUCUCUCCUGCACCUGGACCUGAGCAAGAACCCCGGGGUCCUCUCGGGAGAGGAUGCCUCGAACUUGUAUCUCUUUUUGUCUCAGCCCAACUGCCUGGUCCAUUUGGAUCUGUCGGGCACCGACUGCUCCGUCGACUCGCUAUUUGGGGCUCUUCUGAGGGGGUGCUGCGCUGAUCUUUCCCAUCUGAACCUUUCCAAAAACUCCUUCUCCCACAGAAAAGUGAAGGACACGCUGCCGCUGUUCCGUCAGUUCUUCAGCCUGGCCUUCAGCCUCACUUAUGUCAGCCUGGCCUCUAUGAAGCUGCCCCCCGAUGUUCUGAGGGCUCUCCUGACAGGGUUAACCUCCAAUCCUCAUAUCAACGACCUUCAUCUAGACAUCAGUGGCUGCGAGCUCAGGUCUGCAGGAGCUGCUGUAAUCCAGGAACUCUUCCCCAGAGUCUCCUCCAUCGCCACUCUGGAUAUCUCAGACAACGGUCUGGAUGCAGACCUGCUCACAGUACUGCCGGCCCUCUCCAGACACCCCUCCCUCAAACACCUUUAUCUGGGCAAGAACUUCAACAUCAAAAACAGGGUUCUGGAUGAAGUCCUGCAGAAGCUGGUUCAGCUCAUACAGGAGGAAGAUUGUUGCCUGCAGUCUCUGUCCCUGAAUGAGUCACGCCUACGCUCCAGGGGCACCGUGCUGGUCAACGCCCUGGGCAGCAACACCUGCCUGAGAAAGGUGGACCUGAGCGGGAACAACAUGGACGACAUCGGCGCCAAGAUGCUGAGCAAAGCCCUGCAGAUCAACACCACGCUCAGGAGUGUGACAUGGGAUCGCAACAACACCUCCGCAGCAGGAUUUCUAGACUUGGCCCGGGCGCUUGAACAUAAUUUCACCUUGCAGUACAUGCCUCUGCCCCUAAGUGACAUCAGCCAGGCGUACCGCAGCGCCCCUGAGAGGACAGAGCAGGCGCUGACCAAGAUCCAGCGCGCUCUGGUGAGGAACAACCAGACCCAGCGCUUCUCUCAGAGGCAGGCCCUGCGGCUGCACCAGGGCCUGGUGACCAGCACCGCCGAGCAGGUGAUGGAGCGCCUGUGUGUGCGCGUCCAACAGCAGGUGUGUGUGCUGCGAGGCGUCGGAGAGGUGGAGGAGAUUCAAGCUGCUAAACAAGUGCUAAAAGAGGCCAGGAACUCCCGCGCUCUGUACCCGUCGCUGUGCGAGCUGGCUCAUGUUCUCUCUGUGGACGGGCCGGUGCGGCAGAGACUCGACUCUCUGGCUGGUGAACUCGCAAAAGCUGCGGACAAGGAGCUUCAGGUGAUCGUGGACUCCAUGGUGUCUCUCUGUCGCGAGCUCUGCCCUUUAUCUUCUUCUGCGGCGGAGAGGCUGAGUCCUCCGCUCUCAUCUGUCUCCGAGCGUGUGUCCAUCCCUCGCUCUGCCAUCCGGACAGCUCUGAUGGAAAGAGCGGCGCAGGAUAUUCACCGAGCCUUAGAAGAAGUGAAGCUGUCAGUGGUUUCAUAUCUCACCAACUCCAUCGUGGACCAAAUACUGCAGGAGCUCUACGCCACACAUAAGACCCUGACCCGGCAGGUGUCUCACCUGAAACACUGGGAGGGGCCAGGUGAGGACGGGGCAGAGUGGAGGUUUAACAGACACAGAGACUCGCUGGACAUCACAGACGAGGAGCUCACCACCAGCAUAGACACAAUAGCCAUUAAGAAGCGCAGCUCGAGAACAAGACGAAUACGACCCGUCUCCACCAGGCUGAGUCUCUGUGACGACUCCAGCUCCUCACCUCCCCCCUCCGUGCCAUCAUACUCCUCGCCGCUAUCCCGCUCGGCAUCCUGGGAGGGCCUGUCAGAGCUGCCUACGCAGGGUCUGCCUCUCCAUCAUGUGACACGGGUUCGGCCCAGGCCCCCGCGGAGGCACAAAGGAGGGCACGUCCCCUCCGAGACGCAUUGCAGUGAAAACGGAGGAAUAAGCCCUCUUGACGACGGACUCCCAGAUUUCUACACUAAAAGAGUUCUCCCUGACAGCCAGCUCUCCUCGCUGCACAAAGCUCACUCGCUGAGGAGGAAGAAGAGGAGAAACAUGCUGGCCAUCUUCGGCUUCCGCAAGAACCGCAACCAAACUUUGUCCAAUCAGGGUCCGGAGGCUGAGGCGGAGGUUUACGGAGACGGGUGUCACACUGUUGCCACGGCACCCACGGGGUUUGUGACUGCCACAGAGAACGUGUACACUCUCCUUCAGCCUCCGAGGUCCGCUGGCAGAGCUGGGUCACCCGGCGAAGGGGCUGAUGGGAAAAUAAACGAUCACCAGGGGAAAAACACUCUCGUUUUGAGUCCGCCGCCAGUGCCGGGCAUCCCUCACCCGGGCGUGGGAGGAAGCAAACACCCCUUUUAUUCCCCCAGAGAGAAACCCGAAAUGGAUGCUGUGUUUGAACAGCCGGGAGAGACGGACAAGUACUGGAUGGACGACAAACAGAGGACAACAGAGGUGCUGCAGGUGGACAAGGCGUGGAUAGAGGCGAGGCAAGGCGAUCAACACACAGAGAAACACGUCGAGAGACAGCGGUUUGAGAACAGGACUUUCGCAGAGCCGAGGACGACCGACAGACAGACGGACAGGUACUGGACUGAGAGCAGGUCACAGGACAGACAUGCGGAGAGACAGUGGACUGUUGACAGACACACCCAGCGGCAGAUAGACAGGAAGAUAGAGAGGCAGUGGAUGGGCGGCAGACAGAUAGACAGGUCGUGGUCAGAGCACAGGCCGGCCGACAUGCAGGUGGACAAUCAGUGGACUGAGAGCAGACAUGCGAGCAGGAAGGGGGACAGACAGGUGCAGGCGCUUCAUUUGGCUCAGAGGCCGCUGCCGCCGUACCCGUCCGACAGGACGCCCUCGCCAAAACAGGAAGCGGAUCCUCUGAAAAGCACGGAGGCAGUGGCUGCAGACUGGCAUCAGCAGGACGCGCAGGGAGACAGACAGAUGUGUCCAGAUGCUGGCGGAGGGUUUACAGAGGGAUGGAGGAGCAGCGGAGGAGGAGGAGGAGGAGGAGGAGGUCGAUCUGCUUCCUGUUCAUCCAAACCCGAUCCCCCGCCACAGAGCAGCAAACCAAACCUGUCCAAACUGAGACCGAGACAUCGACUCGAGAGCGCUGACACUCUGCCAGGGACAGAGGAGGAAGGAGAAACAGAAAAGGAUCCCGGGAAGAGAGAGAAAAGGAGAGACUCUGAGGGUCAACCUCCUCCGAUUCCAGAAAAGCCAAAGACGUCCUCGUAUGUGACUUUUCCAAAAGAGUCAAUCAAUGAGAGGAACUUACCUCCUCCUCCUGUGCCGCCUCCCGUUAGCAAGCCUGCGUACGGAUUACCAGACAGAGCUGCGAGUCAAGGUGAAGAAGGAUUGAGACUUCAGGCACCAGUGAAACCACAGCGGAGCAGAAAGGCCAUGUCCUGUGACGCAGGCACUGACAGGGAAAGCCCUAAUAAUGUUGAGAAGCCCCCAAAUCGCAAACCCCCUGUGAAAAAACCUAGACUACCCCAAAACAGAAAUAAGUCACUGGACUUGUCUGACAGCCUCAACUCAGCCUCUGGCCACAGCGAGCUGUUGUGAUGCCCGAGAAAAAAAAAUAAUAAAAAAAUUCACCCGCCGCUGUCCGGCCGACGCGUUGUCAUGGCGACCGUGGAGCAUUUUAUCCAACGAGGAAACAAAGAAAAACCCGAUACGAGGAGGAGGAGGGAGGGAGGAGGGGUGGAGGGAAAAUGUCUCCUUGACAGACAUCAUAAAAGCAUCAUCCACUCGCUUCUGUUGAAACACUCACUUUCCUCAGCGUCACUUUCCUCCCUGACUGUGUUUCUGUCUUUGCUUUUCCUCUCUCACAUGAAAAAGUCUUUUUGUGGCUACAGUAUUUUAACAGUAUUUGCUACUUUAGAAAAAAAGAAGGAAAAAAAAAAACCCGCAAAUGAUCAUUGUCUUUCGUGUUGGUGGACGGUGGGCCGAGUGUUCGAGCAUUGUGGCUUUUUGCUAGACAGAGACAAAAAAAAUAAAUAAAAACAAAGUCUUUAUUAGAAUGUGAUUUCUUAAAUCUGCAAAGCAUUUUUGACUGCUGAUACAGUUGAUUGCCUUGGUUGACACUUGAAAAUGAGUUGCUUCUUAUCAGAUGAAACUUGAUUAUUUAUAUCUAGUUUUGCUUUCAGGAACUGAAAGGUAAUAUAUUUUAUAGAAAAAAGAUAAAUAUUAUGUAUGAGCACCCUCACUGUAUGAAUAAAACACCAAUGGAAAACCA